CAUCGCUCCCAGCUUGUCUUUUCGUGUUUGGUUAGUUUUAUAUGUGAAAUCAUCACGGAAAGGUUACUUGUUAUCGAAAUUCCAAGAGAGAACGAUGGAAUCCAGUGAUAUACUCAAUUGUGCCAUCAGAAUAAAAGAGGAGCCUAGUGAUGAGUCGCCUGAUCUCAAAAACUUCCUACUCUUACCAUUCCCGCCAGAAAAUUCGAUUCAAACAAUAAAAAAAAGCGAAGAAAAUCUUGGAAGUGAACUCGACGACGAAGUGGAAAUAAUUGUUGAAUGUGAAGACGUCAAGCCCAACAUUCCCAUAAUUAAAUUAGAAGCUUUGGAUGCAGUAAAAAAAGAAUCACUAGUGAAUGACGUAAAACAGUUAAAUAUGAAUUCCAACUGCAGAAUCAGCGAGCCAAAGAACAGAAAAACAGUUAUGAAAAAUGUGAAUUAUAAUCAUAAACUCAAAGAACACAUUGCUGACAUGCCGAAUCGUAAAAUCAACCAAACUUGUGAUGUAUGUGAAAAAAAAUUUUCAACGAAGGGUAAUUUAAAAACUCACAUUGAUUCGGUGCAUCUUAAAAUCACUCAUGCCUGUGAUGUAUGUGAGAAGUCAUUCUCAUUUAAAGAUUCUCUCAAAAAACAUAUUGAAGUGAUACAUAAUGGUAAAACUCCUACAUGCGAUAUCUGCGGAAAGACGUUCUCGCACAAGGGUAAUCUCCAAAUCCACAUCAACUCGGUGCAUAAUCGGAAAAUCACCCAUUCUUGUGAUAAAUGUGGAAAGUCAUACGGACGUAAGAGCACUCUUAAAAAACACAUCGAAUCGGUGCAUCAUAAAAUUACUCAUACCUGUGACUUAUGUGGAAAGUCAUUCUCACUUAAAAGUUACCUCAAAAUACAUAUUGAAGCGAUACAUAAUGGUGAAACUCCAACAUGCCAUAUCUGCGGAAAGACGUUUUCUAAAACGAGUAAUCUCCAAACGCACAUCAAUUCGGUUCAUAAUUACCGAGAAGGUUACGAAUGUGACGUAUGUGGCAAGAAGUUCUCGCUAAAGGGCAAUUUUAAAACCCACAUUGAUUCAGAACAUUAUAAGAUCACUCAUGCCUGUGCUACAUGUGGAAAGUCAUUCGGACGUAAGAGCACUCUUAAAAUACACAUCGAAUCGGUGCACCAUAAAAUCACUUAUGCCUGUGAUAUAUGUGAAAAGUCAUUCUCACUUAAAGCUUCUCUCAAAAAACAUAUUGAAGUGAUACAUAAUGGUAAAACUCCUACAUGCGAUAUCUGCGGAAAGACGUUCUCGCACAAGGGUAAUCUCCAAAUCCACAUCAACUCGGUGCAUAAUCGGAAAAUCACCCAUUCUUGUGUUACAUGUGGAAAGUCAUUCGGACAGAAGAGCAAUCUCCAAAGACACAUCGAUUCGGUGCACCAUAAAAUCACUCAUACCUGUGACUUAUGUGGAAAGUCAUUCGGACAUAAGAGCAAUCUUAAAAAACACAUCGACUCGAUGCACCAUAAAAUCACUCAUGCCUGUGAAGUAUGUGGAAAGACGUUCUCUCACAAGAAUAAUCUCCAAACCCACAUUGAUUCAAUACAUAAUGGUAAAACUCCCACAUGCCAUAUCUGCGGAAAGACGUUCUCUCAAAAGGGUAAUCUCCAAAUCCACAUCAACUCGGUGCAUAAUCGGAAAAUCACCCAUUCUUGUGUUACAUGUGGAAAGUCAUUUAUGCGUAAGAGCAAUCUUAAAAUACACAUCGAAUCGGUGCACCAUAAAAUCACUUAUGCCUGUGAUAUAUGUGAAAAGUCAUUCUCACUUAAAGAUUCUCUCAAAAAACAUAUUGAAGCGAUGCAUAAUGGUAAAACUCCCACAUGCGAUAUCUGCAGAAAGACGUUCUCUCAAAAGAGUAAUCUUCGCACCCACAUCAACUCGGUGCAUAAUGACAUUUGUACGAAAGGAUCAGCUUAA